UUAAUUAGAUAAUAAUCUAUUCUUAUUAAGGUAUAUAUUUCAUUACAUUAGUUGUUGACAUUUUAUAGGUAAGUUACAAAUCUAUAUUAGUUUGUGACAAAUGAAAGAAAAAAUAUUUGGAACUAUUAAUUAUAUUUGAUUGUAAUUUGAAAAUAGAUAUACAUUGUAUUACAUCAUAUCUAAUGUUAGAGUGUUAUAGGUUUUUCACACUUUUUUUCAUCAUGCUUGAAAAUAUUGAUUGACAAUUGGUAGAUAGUUUUAUCAUGACAAGUUACAGAUCAAGUUCAAAUUUUUGUUUCGGUCUGAUAAUUUUGUGCAGAGUUAUGGACCUUGGACUUGAAAAAAUUCACUCAUAUAAUCAGUUUUCCACAGUUUUUAGUCAUGCUUGAAGAUAUUGACUUGAUAUUUUCUUUUUGUUUACACCAUGACAAGUUAUAGAACAAGUUAGCAUUUUGUUCCAGUAUAAUGAAUUUUUACCCGGUAGGGGACUAUGUAUUGCCAUGCAAUACUCUCAGAAUGCUUGUUAAUAUCAACUUUUAAACAUCUAUUAGAAUUUAAAUAUCGAACACAAAACUUCAGUAAUAAUGUUAUUUGAAAAAUGCAAAUGUCAUUUCCAACUACAACUACAUAUAUACGAUUGAAGUUUGUUAGCAGAAUAUAUAUAGAAUGUAUAACAUAAAUAUGCUAUUUGUAUGAAUCAACUACAAGCCAGUUGCAUUUUUGUUUCAAUUAACAACAAAUGUACGGCAAUACAUGCGUAAUACUAUUGAAUAUCAAUUUGCAGUUUUGCAAAAUAGAUAACAUGUCUUAUUGUUCAAGCAUAUAGACAAAUAUCGUUACAGAUAAAGAUGUAAUCGUUAUCGAAAAAACAGAGAUAGUGUCUGCAAUGGACGUAUCCAAUCAUGACUCUUGUAAAAGUACUUCAGAUGAUCAAAAACAUGCUAAACCAACUGCAGAAGAAGUUUACUUUUUACGAAUGAUUCAUCUUCUGUUCAGAGUGGCAUGUCCAGUUGUUCGAAUGACUUUUGACCAUGAGAUCCAACCAAACCAGUUAAGAAGGUCACUUGAUAAAAACAAGACAUUAAUGAACAAACGAUACAGAAAGAAAGAAAAGAUCAUCAAUGAUUGUCAAUGGGAUCUAUUAUAUAGAUCUGUCAAAGAAAAAAUUGUAACAUCAGAAGAUUUUGAUAUAAGUCUCAUGAUAAACUUAUUACGUACACUUGCACCAAACAUCACAAUUGGCGAUUUAUAUCCAGUUCGGACAGAUACAAGUAUCGACGCAAUGCUUUCUAGAAUUAAAUACAGAAGAAAUGAAGCAAUCCAAAGCUUUGAAGGAAAACUAUCACAAAAGCAGUUUGAAAAAUAUUGGAAUGAAAGCGGACAGGCAAUACUCAAACUGGUGUCUUCACAUUUAGUUAACAUUGAAGAUGAUACACUGAAAACACAACUGAUUGGCAGACUAAUUGAGUUGAAUCCUAUACGCAUCGAUUAUGACAAACUAUGUUUAUUUAUUGACAUGUCUGAAAAAUUUCCUUCUGUGAUACUUCAACAAAUAAUUUCUGAAUAUUGUAUUUUUAACAAACUUGUGAUGGAAGACGUUCUUAGAGAGGAAAAACACGACCUUUUUCAUAAACGAGUCAAAGCAGAACCAUGUUGUGAGUGCACAACAGAAUACUCUACUUACAUAAAAGUAAUUCCAGAAAAUCUAUGGGAAGCCUUGUUUAAAAUGACAAAAGUAAGAUCAAGUAGUUGUUUGCAUUCCUGUACAGCUGAACUAAAAAAAUGCUAUGAACGUUUUGUUCCAAAAAGGAUCGACACGUCUGUUUUGUCAGUGUCGAUGCCAUUGAUUCUAAAUAUACCAAGUGUUUUAAACUAUGUUAUAAGUCGCUUAUGCGUAAGUGGAUUCAGCAAUUUUCUGGUUCAGAACCAGCAUACAUUAUACCAUAGUAUGGAGAAAAGGAGGUGUUGUAAGUGUAAAAAUGACCCUAUUGAAAAAAUAUUAAUUAAUAAAAAGGAAUGGAACAAACUUUAUAAAAAAGAAGAUCAUGUAUCUUGCACGACAAAGGAUUGUUGUUGUCACUUCUCAGUAAUAAAUGGAAUUGAAUACUCAAGCCUUGACGAUACUCUUUUGUCCAAAAUUUUUUAUGUUUCGGGCCCUAUAAGUGUGCUGAACAAAAUUGGACAAGAUAGGUUUUUAUACUUUCUUAGUUGGACUGUUGAUGACGAAGCUUUACGAAAUGCAUUAACAGAACUAUCACAGAUAAUACACAAUAAGAGUUUUUCCGAUAUCGUACAACACAUAUCAUCUAGUAACGUCUCUCAAUUGGGUGAGAUGAAAACGCAAGAAGUUGAAGCACGUGAUUGGUUGUAUAGACAAUUCCGACAUCAAAAGGAAACAACAGAACUAUCACUUCCAAUUAUUGUACGUGAUACAGUUGGUUUGAGUGUGAAAAGUGUACAGAUACCUACAGAUUUUUCUUUACCUCACAGAACUCAAAAAUUCACAGACAUCACUUCCGAAGAAAAUAAUUUUUUAGUUGUGGUUUAUGGAUUAACAAAAAUAGUGUAUCCUGUAAUAAGAAAACAUUUCAAUACAGAAUGUCCUGCUGAAGUGUUAGAUAAAAUACGUAUGGGUAUUUACGCACAUUAUUGUAACGAUUCGAAUAAUGGCGAGUAUAAAAGUCUAAAGAAAAGAACACAUCUAACAGAGAAGCAACGAGAACAACUUUUUUCCCCAAAACAGGAAGAUUCGAAUACAUUUGAUUUGGAAUUGAUGAUUUUCCUUUUAAAACAAAGACCUGAAGAAGAAAAAGGGAAGAAAGACGAUGAUUAUCAAUUAGAUGUCAUUGAUAGCAUCAGAAGAGAAAUUUUUCAAAGUAGUAGCGGAAUGUUAAACGUAACAAAGUUUAAUAUCACCAUGGAAAGCAUUACUAAGGCAGUAUUGCACUUAGGAGGAGCAAUUCAAGAGGAAAAUCUGUUAAACCUACAUCACAUUAAAAAUAUAUUAGAAUAAGAUCAGAAGGGAUAUGGCACUGACGCAUAAUCAAGUGAUAGUUGGAACGAACGGACAUUAUCUUAUACAAGAAUAGCAUACAUUUCAUUAAGGAAUGAAGAAAUUAGAAUGUAUAGUGGUUAAUCCUUUUUCAUGGACUACAAAGCAUAUGUUGGAGAGAAACUUAUAGUCAUAUAUGAUUGUUUUAUAUCAAAUCGCCUCAGUAACAACUAACACCAAUUUCAUAUAUGUAUGUAGAGCAUUUAGUUAUAACAUGUAAGAGGGCAUUAUACAUUUAUAUUUAUAAGUAAAUCCUUUAUCGUUUACAAA